AUGGAUUGGCGUAGAUUUGUGUCAGAUAUUGAGGGUACUUUCGAUGUUAAUGAUUUCAAGACUCAUCCAUCCUGCAAGAUUUUGAACACCAUAAAUUCGCCUUAUGUUGGCACCGGUGCUCCCCACACACGACCGGGUGAUGAGAGGUUUGACGAUUUGAGGCCGACACUGUCGCGAAUAAAUCAGUUUACAAAAUACAGAGGAAUAACUAUUAGAGAAUGUUACAAGCAAUUUGAUGUGCAUAACGUUGGACUGGUAACUGAAAGUCAAUUUUAUCGAGUUUUCCCCGGUCCGGUGGAUAUUUCCGAUUCGGAAAUGACAGCUUUGGUGGAAAGAUAUAGAUCAAACAAGAACAAGGGAUUCAUUGAUUACUUGUGCUUUGCAAGGGACAUUGAGACAGUGGAGGCUUUGGAGACUGUUUCGACGCUUGGCUCACCAGAUCAAUUGAAA